ACGGCUAUGUGUCCGGCUUGACAUUCCGAAACGUGAAGCUGUCAAAUUUGAAAGUAGGAAGAACAUUUUUUGCUUAAGGCAGCAAUUCGUGUAUUUACUGUGCCCAAUUUAGUAUAGGCGGAUAUUGUAUUUUAUUCGCAUGGUACGAAAUAAGCUGGCUUGUUCAUGUAGGUUAGUUAGUCGUAUUUUAGUCUCGGACAUGUGUGCUUGCUGAUUUAGUGAAGUGGUCGUGUUACUUUCUUGAAUCUCUUCAAACGACUGAAGCUUUGCAAGUGCCUAUAGUAUGUCACUAUUUAAAGCUAGAGAUCUGUGGUGUGCACAGUGUGGUGAUAAUGAAACGUUUGACCAGGCGAGCAUUUUCACCGCCAAUUUGGGUAGUCGAUAUGAUAAAAUAAUAGUUGGCAGUCAUUCUGGUUAUUUGCGUGUAUUUGAGCCUUCAGUUGAAUUAUUAGAAGACGGUACAAUUAAUGGCAACAAGCCAACUGAUCUUGUAAUUGAAAUGCACCUACCACAGCCAGUACUUCAAAUUAGCGCAGGGAAACUUGUCUCAGGUUCUCAAAAUGAGCAUUUGAGUGUUCUUCAUCCACGGAGUGUCGCUGUGUAUAGUUUGGUGACCAAGGCAGGGGCUGCCGAACAUGGUGAUCAAAGUCGUUUAGUCCUUGCUUAUGAACAUCAGUUGCGCCGGUCUGCAUUUUGUAUGGUGUUGGGACCAUUUGGUGGCGUGAAUGGCAGGGACUUCCUGUGUGUGCAGUCCCUUGAUGGCACUCUAAGCUUCUUUGAACAAGAAACAUUUUCUUUCAUUCGAUUUCUCCCUGGAUUUCUGUUGCCUGGUCCACUGGUUUUCCUGCCACACACGGAUUCAUUCCUUACUGUAACAUCUAACUGGCAUGCAGAAACGUACAGGUAUCAAGUUCUGGCUGAAGCUGGUGGGACGAGCGAUGAGGAAUCAGCAUCUGGGCGCAAGGUAACCACUGAGUGGAGUUACAACAUAGGUGAAGCUGCUUUAGAUGUUGUGGCUGUAACAUGGGCAAAUUCUUACUGUGAUAUAUUGGUGCUCGGAGAGAGAAAUCUCUUCUGCCUCAAAGAUAAUGGGACCCUGAAAUUUAUGAAGAGACUGGAAUAUAAACCCUGCUGCUUUCAUCCUUACUUUAUUGAACCCGAUGGAAGGUUGAUGGUACUAAUUGUCUCAGAGACUAACACCUUGCUAGUGUAUGAACAUACAAAACUACUCUGGUCUGCACAGCUGUUCGUUGCUCCAGUUGCUGUCACUAGAGCAACAUUUGAAGUAAUAAAUUCAUCUCAGCAGAAACUGAGUAUGAAAGGUGUAUUGGUUCUACUGUCAGAUCAAGGUGAACUUCAGUGCUCCUAUCUCGGCACAGAACCCUCACUGUUCAUGGCUCCUCCCCUGGAAAUUCAUGCCAUAGAUUAUGAACAAGCUGGAAAAGAGCUCUCAGAGUUGCAGAAAGUCAUAAAGACAUAUACAAAGAGAAGUACUGCCUCAUUGACGAGUACAGCCGCUGAGCAAGAAGUGAAAGUGUCCGUGAGUGUAAACUCACAAUUGGAACCAUGUCCAUUUCCACACAGCAUUGAUGAGGAAGGAGUAGAGAUUCCCAUGUGCCGGGUGUCAGUUGAGCUGGUGCCUCAUUCUCCGUUGAGCAAGGUGCAGGUUUCUGUGAUCGUGCAGCCUCCACUGACUGUGUCACAAGUGUCACAUACCAUCAGCAGUUUGUGCGAAAGAAGUUCUAUAAUAGCAUAUGUUUACAUGGAACAAAGCUGUGAUAUACCAACACUGGACGUACGAGUCAUAACAUCUUAUAUGGCCAGCACCGGAGGAUUCCCACGUGUUCUGCAUAAUGUGGCCCAGUUACCACUGAAACUAGUGGCACUUUUCACUGCUCCAGCAAAGGAAGCUGACUUCAAAGUCACUCUCAACACAAACCAACCUGUUGUAAGCCUGUCACAACUUUUUCCAGAAUUUGUUGGUGAGGGUGUCUUGUCUGGAACCAGCAAUGCAGCUGGGUUCCAGUAUUAUGGAGGAAGAGGCUCUACAGUAACUGUUCUGGCUGCUAAGUCAUCACAGCGCUAUCGUCUGCAGUGCGACACACUACCUUCCCUCUGCCUUCUUACUUCACAGCUAGUACAGCGGCUCAACAGGCACUUCUCCAGGCAUGAGGGCUUCACAUGUUCCUAUUCCUCUUCACUACCCCUACAUGAGCUCUUCUCUGAAAUUGGAACACAUUUUUUCUUUAGGGAGAAAGCUAGGAAGAUACAGGAAGAACUUGGUCAGAGGACAACACAGUUUCGAGUAAUCCAGCGCCGUUUGCUGGCAAAAUUCAAAGACAAAACACCUACCCCACUAACCAAUCUGGAUAUGCUGCUGAAGGAGGCGUACCAGCAGAUCCUUGCCUCUACUGAUGAAAUGGAGGAAAUUCAGCAGGCCCUGUUACGUUCUCGCUGUCAGCUGGGUUGUGUCACUCGCCUCAUUCUGUUGAUGAUGAGAUUAAUGAACACUGUCUCAGAGGAGGAUUACUCGGACCUACAGGCCGCCCUCCCUUCAACUGUUUAUGAUGCAGAGGAGCAGGGCUGGGAAGAAGUUACAGAUGCAGCUCUGUCUCAUUUACUACGUACUUCUCUUGCUAAGGGCUCUAAAACCUCACAGCACUUAGCUCAAAUUGCUUUGGAACCAAUGAAAGACAUAACACGAUUCAAGAAGCACAUUUCUGCAGUGCUGGAUCGCAUAUCUAAAGGGAGCAACAAGGCUGAACGCAAGGAUAACGUUGGGGAACUGCUGAAACCUGUGAAAUCUGUUUCACCAAUCCCAGAAGCUGGUGAGGGAGGCCAUGAUGAGGAACCUGUUGUUCCUGUAGGUUCACAGUAUGGUGAAAGAGCAGUCUCGGCAAACCCACGUGGGAGAUCAGCUGCAUUGCUCAAAGCACAUCGUGCUGCUCAGAUGCCGGUGACAAAUGAUGAUUACUUAUACCGGAAGUAUGGUACCCAACGUCUCGGUCGAGUGUGUGAGGAAGUUCUAGGGUUCAUAUCUCGGCUCCGGGACAGGUAAUUUUGGUUGCUCUUUUUUAAGCUCAAACCAUGUGGGUACCACUUCGGUAACCUUCUAGACUCGUAUUGGCGAGGUGUUCGGUUCGAAGAUCUGCCGAGCCACCCACUAUCUUUUCCUCAGUACCUCCAGGCAAGUGUCGGCAUGAUACCUCGAAUGUGUCACAAUCACUUCCUUCCUGAUCCUUUCCAGUUCAUCAGUCAUGAACCAUCCUACUGUUUGCUGCUCUGCAGUGUGUGUAGUGACAGCACCGCUAAACAAACCCACAAGAAAACAAUAAGCUCAGACAUCUCUGAUUGUAGUGACUGAUGUAGUUUUGUAGGUACGGAAGUUCUGAUUCCAUUUUCAGGGUUGAUUCAUAUUCGCUUUAGCUCUAAAUGGUUCUGUGUCCAGUUUUUAUCAAUGUAUUUUCCUCAUUUUGAAAAGAAAUAAAA